AUGUAUCUCCACCGUCAACCACUAUCAACUACACCCCUUCGUCCAUCCAUCCGUCCCAGCUCCCUCCAUAAAUUCCCUCUUCGCCAAUCAUUCUCCACUCCUCCAGUAUCUCCUCCGCCAUCCAACCCCAACUCCUCCCGCCUCCGCACCAGGCUCCAUAACUUCAACAACCGCCUCCCCCGCUUCCUCAGAUCCUACACCACCCCGCUCCUCAGUGCCCCCGUAACACACAUUACCUCAUUCCUAAUCUUACACGAGAUCACCGCCGUAGUACCGCUUAUAGGACUGACGGGUGCAUUCCAUUACUGUGGCUGGAUUCCGGCGCUGAGAAAUGGGGCAGUGGAUGAGGGGGUGAAAAGGUUCGGGAGGUGGUUGAGAACGAAAGGAUGGGUUGCCGGCGAGGCGGAAGUGCGGGCGGAGGCAAUGGUGGAGGGGGAGAUGGGUAUGGGGGCAAAGAGUAGUUUGGCUGGAAAUAUAGAUGCGGAUAAAGGGGUGCGGCUGAUACUGGAGUUUGCGACCGCAUACGCAAUUACGAAGGCGAUGAUGCCUGUGAGGAUUGUGCUUAGCGUCUGGGCUACACCGUGGUUUGCGAGGGUUGUGCUUGGGCCUCUGGGGAGGGGAGUCGGGAUGGUGUUUGGUAGAAAGACUUAG